AUGCUCCUGGCAAGCGAUUCGACCACGAAGCUGCGGCUCAGGGCACGGGCGAUGAUUCGAACAUGCAGCCUGCUCUGUGUUACUAUACCCGCAUUUUGGUUCAGCUCAGGACGCCAUUUGGUCAGGCAAUCUCGCAAAAGAGCGGUAGGUUCGGGUAUGCACUUCAGCUGUCUUGGUACGUCGGUUGAUUCUUCACGUGAAGUAACAGACUUCUGUUCUUUUACAUAUACACCAUUAGAUUCUCUCCUCAUUACUGCAGUCCCACUCAAGAUGAAGUGCUUGAUAUCGCUUCUCAGCCUUGUCGCGGUCCUACCAGCAGUACAAGGUAUCGUCUUUGGUGGUCCGGCACCAACGGCUGCGACCCUCAAGCGUGCUCUGGACUCAGCUUUACCCAAGCCAACUAUUGCCCCUACAAAUGAUGAGCUCAAGAAGCGACAGACAAAUCUCCAUCCUGAGACCUGUGGUUGGGUGGACGGUAUCUAUUCAUCCGGGGUCACAUGUCCUGGAUCACGGACUUGUAUGCUAUACACUUCGGCUGCUUCUGGCAUGGCGGGUUGCUGUGAUGGAGCGAAUACCAUUGAUUGCGGCUGGGCAAGCUCGUGUGUAGAUGCCAAAGCAUACAGGUCCGAAGGAUGCGGCUCAGACUGUCUGCUUAACAGUUUCAUCCGAAAGUGCACGGCAACGACUGCACCCUACUGUGUCACUUGGUUGUACCCCAGCAAUGGCGUCCACGACUAUGGGUGCGCUGCCAAUUCGGACAGCAGCGUCUCCACUAUCUUCGAGACUGCCACUGAUGCUUUUGGUGCUACUACAAGCAUGCAUCUACCCACAGUCACAGCAAACGCCGUCAGCACUGAUGUUCCAGGCAGCACAACUCGUAAAACAGCCAAGAAGGUCGCCAUUGGCCUCAUUAUUGGUGUCGUUGUAGCCGUACUCUUCGUGCUCUUCUGUGUCGUCAUCGGCAUAGUGUUUUGUAUCAAGAAAAAGAAGAAGCAGCGUCAAAUCGCCGCAAGCACCCAGGCCAUGGCUGCGGUCCACGCAACUCGACCUCAGUCGCAGUAUCCACCAAAUCAGCAGCAGUACCCGUAUCUUCCAACUCAGCAGCAGCAGCAGGCUCCGGUACAGACUCAGAUGCAACAACCAUCCCCAUUUCAUCCUUUAAUCGACCCGCAGAGUCCUGCAUCUGCGACCACCUCCUACUUCGCACAUGGAGCUCACGAGGAGAAACCCAACGCGCAUACAUCGGUGCAAGAAUAUGCAAUGACACCCAUCUCGAGCCCGUCCACACCAGCGCCAGUAUACACUCAGCCGCACGUUGUACCUCCACCUAUGCCGGUGCCGGUGGUGAGCCAGUACCGUGCUCCCACUGAGGCGCAUGAGGUUGAUGCGAUCAGUGUGCCACAUGCGCCAAAUCAAGCGGGACCUGUUCAUGAGAUGGGAAAUGGGAAGUGA